AUGGAGCGCGCUGAAGACGGAGCUAAGCUGGUGCCGCUCAGGCACCGCGGUUUUCACAAGUUUACAGCUCUGCACAAGGACGCCACACUCGGCAUGGAAUCCCUGAGUCUGGGACCCCCGGAAAAAAUGAAGAUGCGCACAUCAACGGUGUUGAAAAAGGAAACAGGCAGAGAUAUCUUUGCUUCAACGGAAAGCGCGCCUCAUGCGGCGCUGAGCACUUACAAGGCGGAUUUUGUGCGCUAUGAUCUGCCCCUCAGCAGGGUGGAGUCGCUCGCGCCAGCCCGAGGCGAUCGUGUGCCCUUCCGCGCGACGACGACGUAUCGCAUGGAUUACCGGACUGCGGUUUGCCCCGAAGACACCGUGAUACCUGCCGGUGCCGGGCCACGGAUGCCCGCGUCAGUCGGCGGUGGAAGGCGUCGCUCUGCGUCGCCUGGAUCCGUGCGGGGACGCAGCUGUAGCCGUUAA